GUCGUGUUUUUGUGUCUUUAUGCUAACUUUUCUGUGUCGUAUUUGUGUGUAGUGUGAAGCUUUUCUGAGUCGGUAGUUAUUUUUAGAAUGAAAUAAGCUGAGGAGUCAAAGUGAAAGUGAAAGAGUGACCAGUAGACCAGACAAAAACAACACAUUGUGGGCUAUUUUCUGUCAAAACCACCCCGCUGAAAGUAUUUUCCUCACAGCUGGGUUUGUUUAUCUUCUCUGUGACUGUUUUAGUUAGUGUGGCUAUUUGCUUCAUUCAUUUCAUGGUAAGGGAAGUUGGCUAACGUCAACCCUGAGCGCUAAAGCUGCUUUUAUCAGCUGCCGUUAAUGUUCAUGUUACAGUCAAAGGAAAUGACAAAGACAUUUAACCCACACGGACUGCAGCUAAUGCAGCUUAACAGCGGUAGAGUUAACAGUAGUACACAGUUCAGUUAAGCUCAGUCCUGCACUACACAGCAUUCUGAAUGCCUUCGAAAGGAAAGUGUAGUCCAGUACUAGGCUGUCCAGGAAACUGACCUCUAAGGGUAAUUUUUGUUAUUAUCUGUCACUGCGGUCAGGAUCAGAAAAGACCCAUCAAGAGAAUGAGGAGUCCCUCGCGAUUUACUCGUCCGUUCACUCGAGGGAGAUACUUUCGUCCUCGGUUUUAUUACAGGAAUCGGGAUGAUCGCUUUUCACGGCGGCCUGGUCUUGGCCUGAGGCUGCAGAGGUUCAACAGGGCCUCGUUUCUUCGGUUGAGUUCCAGACCAAGGAGCCCGACCCUGGUUCUGAAACGCAAAGUCGAACUGUCUUCCUCACCAUCGCUUAGCCAGCACUCAGACAAGAGGCCAGAGAAGAAGAGCACGUCCACUACAGUCAGAGAACAGAAGUCGAACACUCCAGAUCGUUCACGGUCAUCCUCUGUGGCCUCUGAAAGACCAGUGAUGUCAUUCACAGUUACUCAGGAAGGGCAGAUGUGCUGCAGUAGAGAAGCUCCCUCCUCGGUCACCCGCGCAGCUGCAAGAAACAGAGCCAUCCAGAAAAAGAGAGAGGAGAUAGAGGAGGUGUAUCGGCGUGACUGUGACACAUUUGGUGUCGUGGUGAAGAUGCUGGUAGCGAAGGACCCGUCCCUGGAGAGGCCCAUCCAGUCGUCCUUGAGAGAGAACCUGCGAGAGAUUGGCCUGCGCUGCGUGGAGGCCAUGGAGCAGUUCAUCCAGGAGUACGACUCCAGAGAACCAGGCACACUGCCCCUCUUGCAGCCUCACUGACCUGAGGCCAGUCAGAGUUCUGCUGAAUAUUUUGAAGAAAACAAUGAGACUCGAUGUUCUAGUCACAGAACAGCCGUGACUGCCUCCACCCUUAAGCUACCGUUAUAACAGAAGACAGGCAGUGUUGUUACACAUGUUUGUCCGACCUCUGUCAUGUGAAGAGAAAAAAUAUGCAUUGUGGGUCAUUUACCUCAUCACAGUGGUUGUGUGCACAUCAUGCAUACUGUCUACAUGUGCCUCACUGGCUUUUUAACUAGGCUGUCCUUCACCAGUGACAGAAUGCCAUAGCUUUAUUGACCAAUCAUUGUGAACAGAACAACAUCUCAUCACAGCUUAUAUAAUUCAGGAAACUUGUCUAGCAGCUUUGCUUUUUUCACUUGAACGAUAUUAGGGAAAAGUUACAUUGCAAUAAAUAUUGAAUGGUUAAAAAAAAAAACAAAAAAGGAAACAUUUUCCCAGAUAAAUAUAUUCCCACAUGGAGCUAUUUAUCACUGUCUGUAUGGAAAGGGUGAGUUUAGAGGGGUGAAUUAAGGCAGUAGUUCAAUAUAUCAAUCAGGGCUGCACGAUAUGAACUAAAUAUCAUCUUGCAAUUAUGCUGCCACAUUUUGUGAUAGCAAUAUACCUUCCAAAUAUACGGAAAACAGAUUAGCAAACCUGUAAAGCAGUUAAGGAUUCGCCUACUAUUUCUUAAAAUCUACAUAAUGUUAUAUUUGUUGGAUCUUGUGAAUUACUUGAUUCAUCCAAACAUCAAAAAUAUAUCUUUGAAACAUUGAAUGUUUGGUUAGAGAACUCAUUUGCAGUGUAAGUAUUAGGGAUGGGCAAUAUGGCAAUAUAUAUCAUCAUCGUCAUAAAUUAUGUCAUAAUACAAUGCAAUAAGCUUUUUGGAACAUAUCACAGAUAGCAUCAAUAUUUGUAGAACACCGGCCAACUGCAUGUUUUAUUAUGAGAGAGCAAAAUUAGUCCUUGUUAACUGGAUUUAGAGUAACACUGUGUAAAAAUCAUGGU